UGCGACUAUUAUUGUCGUGUGUAGGAGGAUAAAUGUAAGUAACAGCUGAUAUAUCUUUCUUUUGUUUUUUUGAACAGAAAUAUACAGACCACUAGCAUCAUAUUAAGGAAUGAGUUUUGAUUCACAAACGGCGCCUUCGCCAACCAAAAAGGAGGAUGACAAGAGUAAACAAGGAGUUAAACGGAAAUCAGGAGCCUCGAAAGAUGGGGCUGAAAAAGAUCAGGGCAGAGUGAAGAGCCAAACACGACCCGGUGCGCACAGUGGGACCAGCAGUUCCAGUUCCAGUAGCGGCUCGGGUUCAAGUAAUGGCUCAUCCACAAGCUCCUCCGGUUCUUCGAGCUCCCGCUCAUCUUCGUCGUCGCCAAGCCCCAACCGACAACGACCCAACCGACGACGCUCCCUCUCAAAACCCAAAGUGAUCAAGAAAGAUGAUCGGGAACGGCGGAAGAAGAGUCCCGCUCCAAAACCCACCAAGGUCUAUCUGGGCCGACUAACAAGGAAUGUCAUCAAGGAACACAUCCAGGAGAUCUUCUCCACCUAUGGCAAGAUCAAGAUGAUCGACAUGCCCAUGAACCGCGUUCACCCUCAUCUGUCCAAGGGCUAUGCGUACAUCGAGUUUGAGACCUCCGAGGAAGCCGAGAAGGCUCUCAAACACAUGGAUGGAGGACAGAUUGACGGUCAGGAGAUUACAGUCAUAGCCGUUCUGACACCUACAGUGCGCGCCCCACCUCGGAGGAUGUCCCCUCCCCGCAGAAUGCCGCCUCCACCCCCGAUGUGGCGACGCUCUCCGCCUCGCGUGAGGAGAAGGUCGCCAAGGCGACGCUCCCCAGUCCGGCGCAGGUCCCGGUCACCUGGUCGCCGUCGCCACCGGUCACGCUCUAGUUCCAACUCCUCCCGCUAGAGAAAAUAAUUGCCCACCGCAAAAAAAAAAGAAAAAAAAAAAAAAACAUGACACAAGAAGAAACAUUUGUUGUGUGAAUCCCUUUUUUCCCCCUCUUUCCUUUUUUUAUAUCACUUUCAAAGCAACAUUGGAAUACUGUGUGCAGCUGUUACUUUCCCCAGUCCAAUUUUUUUUUUUUGAUGUGAGGGGGCAAAAAGAUUAAAGGCAAGAUCUAUAAUUGCACAAGAAUUUCCAAUCUAAUUGCUUUUGGGUCAUCCCGGAGAGGUGCUAGUGGACAUCAACUUUUCAUUGUAAUCAUCAUGAAAUAUACCGCUCUCUAGUGGACAGUUGCACUCAUUUAAGCCACUGAAGUUGUUUUAUACGUUUAUGGUUGCUAUGGAAAUGUACUGUACCAAACUACAUACUGCUGCUGUGUUAAUUGAU